UACAGGCGUAAAGCACGUUGUAAAAAAUGGAGUGUUACGUACAUUAGAAGCCUGCAGCAGAAGUUUAAGCAGGUGUCAAGAAAACUCUAAUGUCAAAAUGGAGGAGGGAAGUGAAGAAGAGACCUGCACUCCAUCACUGUGUUAUAUUAAUGGUCACACAGGUUUCCGAGGAAGCAUUAAAAAUUCAGCAAGGGACUUUGUGGUGAUAGAAGUCAAUGUGAAUGGGCAGUUAGUACAUUCAUUGGAAAACAUGUGCCAGAUAUCUAAAUGUAGUGAAGAUUAUGUAAAUGAAACGAUUAAAAAUAGAAAGGUGGCAAGAUCAUUGGAGGAUGAACAUUAUGCUGAGAAAGAAAUAGUAAUGCCACCCUAUAAUAAUGAUAUACAGACUUUUCAGACUGUUGAUAUAGCAGGGGCAUGUGAAGAGUCUUUGGAUCUGGACUUUGUUUUGGAUACUUCAGUGAAUGAAGAGCUGACGCAGUAUGCUAUGACUAUUAGAUUAUGCCCAGGCUCCAGUGUGGAUGAAAAGGUUCGCAGCACCGAAUUAUCACUGGGUACUUACCCAGACAAAAACCAGAGAGCCAGUGUGCACCGUGCUGUUCGACAUAAGUUCCCUUUUUUAAUGACAUUAACUAAUAAUUGUGAGAUUCUCGUAAAGGAAGAUCCCCAUUAUAAUAUGCUUGCCCAGCUGGUUUCAGAGGAGGAGUCGGAGGACUUUUUUCGUUUUUUAGAUGACAAAGUCCAAAGGUCAACAUUUACGUUUAAACCAGACAAUGAUAAAGAACACAGAAAAGCAGUCCAUCACUUUGUCAACAAGCACUUUGGUAAACUAGUGGAAACUAAAAGCUUUGCUGCUGUGGACAGUGGUGGUCCACCAAAUACAGCAAUUACUGUGCGAUUUCGAGAAAAAAAGAUGUUACCCAAGAAAAGGAAAGCUACCGAUUAUCAAGAAGAUGAUACCAUUUAUACAGCUUUUACUCUACAAAAGGAAAAUCUGGAAACUUUGGAAGCAAUCAGCUACAUGGCUUCAGCAUUUGGUGUGCUCCCAUCAGAUUUCACCUAUGCUGGAAUCAAAGACAAAAGGGCUAUCACAUACCAGUCAAUGGUAGUGAAGAAGGUUUCUCUACAGAGGCUGAGGGAAAUGUGCCCUGAGUUUCAAAAUAAAGGAAUUUACCUACACCACACCCACCCUGUUUCACAGCCUCUUCGACUUGGUGGCCUGCAGGGAAAUCACUUUGACAUUAUUGUGAGGGAUCUUCGGAAACACUCAGAUGAUGAUGACACAACAGAUCUUCAACAAUUGGUGCAAGAAGCACUGGAAAAUGUCAAGUCUAAAGGGUUUGUGAAUUAUUAUGGGCCUCAAAGGUUUGGUACAGGACAGACUAUUCAGGCUGAUCAGAUAGGACUGGCAUUACUGAAAGAGGACAUGGUGUUGGCUGUCAAGUUAUUUUUCACACCAGAGGAGAACAGUGACCCCCAAAACAAAGCAAAACGUCAUUUCCUUCAGACUGAGGAUGCUAAAGAAAGCCUAGCCCUGAUGCCAGAGUUCAAGGUGCGGGAGAGGAUGAUGCUGCGUGCAUUGAAUCGAUAUGGUGUAGGGCACGAGGGCUGCAUCCGGGGGUGGCUGAGUUUGCCACAUGGCAUGCGUGUCUUGUACAUUCAUGCCUACUGCAGCAGAGUAUGGAAUGAAGCUGCUUCCUUCAGACUACAGCAGUUUGGUGAAGAGGUGGUGAAAGGGGAUCUGGUCUGGUCAACUGAUAUGAGCAAAGAAAGCACUGUAUUGAGGCAUAAUCAGGUUCACGUUGUAACUGCUGAAGAAGAAUCAGGAAAGAUUUACAAACUGAGUCAGGUCAUCCUUCCACUGCCAGGGAAUAGUGUAAAAUAUCCGGAUAACGAAGUUGGUGACUGGUACCAAAAAAGGUUUGCUGAGGAUGGGUUACAGUCGUGUAGGUUCAGGGUAACUCCGCUGAAGCUGAACAUACCUGGAUGCUAUCGACCCUUGUUGUCUUACCCUAGAAACCUCACACACCAGUUCUUAGAGGACUGCCCAGGGGUCAUAAGUGAGCAGAGUUUGCUUCCACACAGCAAGAGUUCUUCCACGAGUCUUGCCUUGUCUUUUGACCUUGACUCCUCUUGUUAUGCUACAGUAUGUUUGAGGGAAAUAAUGAAAUGUGACCCUUAAUUCAGGAAAUAUGCAGAAUUUCAGUAAGAUAUUUUUGUAUUGGAUGUCUAAAGUUAUUUUGUAUGAUACUUGUUCAUUCUGGGUAAUGUGAAUAAUAAUGGCACAAGACAUUAAUUUAAUAUUAAUCAUCUAUUUUCUACAAUAACUUGGUUUAAUCAUUCAGUAAAUGAUUAACCUGAUGUAUUCAUUUAAUUUUUAAAAUAUAAUAGGGCUAGGUAGAGAAGAAAUUCAAAGGACACAUUCAGUUAAAAUAAUAAAAGGUUUGCAUUUAAAACAAGUUUGCAUCUAAAUCUUUUGUUCUUUUUUUCCUUUAAACUAGUUGUUUUCACCUUUGGAAAAGUUUUUUGUACAUUUGAUGCAUGUUUGUCUAACACAAGUCCUUUUAUUCCUGUCUUAUUUCCCAAAUUAAAAAACAAAAACUCCAUAAUUGCUGGAAUAUUUUA